AUGAAGACAUACCGUGAGCGUCUGGCCCUCGUCACCACAACAAGAGGCUCCAUUCUGCGCGACUUCUACCAGCCUGUGAUCCUCCUGUUCAGCUUCCCGGCCAUCACUUAUGCCGCCAUAACGUAUGGCAGUCUUCUCGCGGGGUUUGCCCUGAUGACUUCGGUCCAAGCAACGUAUCUCUUCUAUCCGCCCUACAACUUCUCCGCUGCCGGCGUCGGCUUGAUGAACGUUGCUCCCUUUGUCGGCACCAUUCCCGUAACCUUCUUCGCAGGAUAUCUGGACGACAAAUCAAUCAUGUGGUUGGCCAGCCGUAACGGUGGGUGUUUAGGGGAUGACAUUGACGAUAAAGAUGAGAAUUGGCUAGGUGAGAACGCAGCGAGAGGUUCAUCACCGGUCGUCGAGGACAGACUUUGA